AUGAAUAUGUCGGAAGAGCUCGAUGCGACUCUGGAGCAUGAUAUCGCGCAUUUGUUCCUUAACGGGCGUGUAGAAUCUGGCUUAUCAAUGCAUCCCAUGCACACUGAUGUGAUCGCCGCAGCCGCCGCAGCUACUACGGAUGCUGACGUGGACCUGCGAAAUCCUGACGAAGAAGAGAUUGAAGCGGCCGAUCAACACACGCACCAUGAAGAGCUACUUAAGGCUUCUAUUUUGGAAAAAGUGGCAUCUGAAAAGCGUUUGCGUCGUUUGUCCGAGUCUUUGAUAGAUGACGCUGAUUGUGGCCCUGGAGAUUUAUUCGAGAUUUUACCAGAGCCGUAUGGUCAACUAUCUGCAUACCAGAAAAUUGAAAUUACUUCGGUUCCUGGAGAAGUGGACAGAGAGACGAAAGAUUCUUGUGAGCUUAUUCGCAAAUGUUUAGCGCUGCGCAAGAAGUGGAUAUCGGUCAAUGAGACAAAGAUAUUGGAAUCGUCUUUGGAUAUGCCAAGCAGUCCACGUUCGGCAGCUGCGGCCGCCAAGCUGCGAUACCGAGACGAAAUUCCGUACGAACCGCUUGAUAAUCCAGUACCUGCGGCUACGCAUCAUCACUUUAUGAUGGUUAAUGGUGUGAUGACCGUUUAUGAAAACAAGGACGCAGUCGAGCCAAUCAGCCGUGUGGGGCAUAUGGAUGAAUAUUAUAGAGACCUGUUUGAGAUAAAGCGUAUUAUCAAUUUCGGCCCAGUAAAGACACUGGCAUUUAAGCGAUUGCAGCUAUUGGAAGCGCGAUUUAAUCUACACACGCUUUUAAAUGCUGAGCGCGAACUUGUUGCGCAAAAGGCAGUGCCCCAUCGUGACUUUUACAAUGUUCGCAAGGUUGACACGCACAUUCAUCACUCUGCAUGUAUGAAUCAAAAACACUUGCUGCGUUUCAUCAAGUCGCGGUUACGAAAUUCACCGGGUGAGAUCGUCAUCUUUCGAGAUGGACGUUUCAUGACAUUAAGUGAAGUGUUCAGGUCGCUCAGUCUUACAGGAUAUGACCUGAGCGUUGACACGCUGGAUAUGCACGCAAGCAAUACAUUCCAUCGCUUCGAUCGUUUCAACCUCAAGUAUAACCCGGCAGGUCAAAGUCGUCUACGCGAAAUCUUUCUAAAAACAGACAAUUUGAUUGCAGGCAAGUACCUGGCAGAAAUUACAAAGGAAGUAAUUUCUGAUUUACACGCCAGCAAAUACCAGCUUGUGGAGUGGCGUGUUUCAAUAUAUGGACGCAAACAUUCGGAAUGGGAUAAAUUGGGUCGCUGGUUUUAUGUUAAUAAGUUGACAUCUCCACAUGUUCGUUGGAUGGUGCAGAUUCCUCGACUGUAUUUUUUGUACAAGAAAUUAGGUGAAGUGGACAAUUUUCAGCAAAUGCUGGAUCACAUUUUCCUUCCGCUGUUUGAAGUUACACGAGAUCCUUCAAUCAAUUUACCCCUCCAUUACUUUCUUGAAACUAUGGUCGGUUUUGACUGUGUGGAUGACGAAAGUAAAACUGAACCACUCCGUGCUGAGCGUGGGAAGAAGUUGCCGAAGCCGCACGAAUGGACUCAUGAAGCUAAUCCACCGUAUGAUUACUGGUGUUACUUCCUCUAUGCGAAUAUUGCUGCUUUAAAUGAGUUUCGUCGUCAAAAAGGCCUUAAAAUCUUUACGUUUCGCCCUCAUUCUGGUGAAGCUGGUGAUCCAGAGCAUUUGGCGGCUGCGUACUUGACUGCCAACGGUAUCAAUCAUGGUAUCACUUUGCGCAAGUCGGUUUGCUUGCAAUAUUUGUACUACCUCACUCAGAUCGGUAUCGCUAUGUCACCGCUAAGUAACAAUCGCUUAUUCUUGGCCUAUCAUCGCAAUCCAUUUCCGAUCUAUCACGCUCGUGGUUUAAAUGUUUCUCUAAGCACCGAUGAUCCUGUCAUGCUUCAUUAUACUAAGGAUCCUUUGCUUGAAGAAUACUCAGUAGCAGUCCAAGUGUGGAAACUAACGUCAACAGAUAUGUGCGAGAUUGCACGUAACUCAGUGUUGCAGUCUGGUUUCGAACACAAGUUCAAAGAACACUACCUCGGGCCUAACUACAUGCUGCCCGGAUCCCGCGGCAAUGACAUUCGAAUGACUAACGUGCCAGAUAUACGAGUCGAGUACCGUCAUGAAACACUUAAGGGCGAGCUAGAAUUCAUUCAAACGUAA